CGUUCGUCUAUAAUUUUCCAGUGUUUGAAUUACUUUCUUUUUAUCUUAUUCAUAACAGUUACGGAUGAAGCGGAUGAGAUGAACUAAUAAUCGAUAUUAGGUCAACAAGAGUGAAAAUAUAGGAGCUCCGAUUUUGAAGUAGUCUAUACAUUAAACUGGACACCCAGAUCAGACCCAUCUGAAUUGAAGCUAGACCAUACAAGGCUAUUACUCCGGGUGAUUUUAAGCGCAGAAGUCUUUUUAGGAGCGACUCGUAGUUAAGAGCCCUUAAGCAUUUACACGCGUUUCAACUUUGCUUAGAAAACGUGGGUGAAUUUCGAUAUCCGUUUCACUGACUGUUAGAGAGAUGUUCCUGUUUAUAGAAUUGUUAAUGAUGCUUAGAUUAUUUUUCAACCAUUGUGAUCUACUCUUUUAGUUUGCGAACAAAUAACAUUGCAGUGCAGGAUUACAUCCGUCAGGGCCUUAUUUAAUAGCUAAAGAUAAUUUUUGAUUGUGGGGUUUGUGAUUAAUGCGUAAACAAGGAAACGAAAUUUAAAUCUUUUCUUCCGGACGUGACGACAUAGGGAAAGUGAAAUUAGAAUCUGACCUUUGCUUUCCUAUAAUUAUCUCAAGCAUUUCCUUGAGGAAAACUUGUUUCUAGACUCGAGUAAAUGCACUGAAACCUCUCUGCUGGACUUAUGGCGACAAUAAAUUCUACUGGGUAUAGAAAGGAAAAUAUGUCAUUUGAAGAACUGCGAUGCUCAACCGUUUUUACAAGCGAUAUUCGUGAACAUCUAAUGUAUUUAUCAGCGAUCAAUAUUUUUCUAUCCAUUACUGCAUUUCUUGGGAAUACUCUGAUCUUGGUUGCUCUUCGGAGAGAAUCUUCCCUCCAUCCGCCGUCGAAGCUUCUGUUUAAUUGUUUGGCAUCAACUGAUCUUUGUGUUGGCCUUCUUGCAGAACCUGCUAAUAUUGUCUAUUGGAUGUCUCUGGUUUAUGAAGACUGGGAUGUUUGUCGGCUUUCAGCAAUUGCAUCCUUUAUCAUAGGCUACACGUUGGGGUCGGUAUCUCUAUUAACCUUGACUGCGAUAAGUGUGGACAGACUUCUCGCUCUCUUACUGGGGCUAAGGUACAAACAGCUUUUAACAUUGAAGCGAACAUACGCAGUUGUGAUGACGUUUUGGGUAGUUUCCUGUGCCGUUGCGCUAUCGUUCCUCGGAAGCCGCCAUAUCACCAUAUGGUAUGGCCGUUCUACGACAAUAAUUUGUUUAGCGAUCACAACCGUCUCUUACUCUUACAUUUUCCUCAAGCUUCGUCGCCUUCAAACUGAAGUUUGGGAGAAUGUACGGCAAAAACAUUCAACCUCAACAUUUUCUCUUAAUACGGAGCAAUACAGAAAAGCAGUGCACAGUGCACUGUGCGUGCAGUUUGCAAUGGUCGCCUGUUAUCUUCCUUAUCUUGUUGUGAUGGCUUUAAUGAGCAACAGAACAAUGUCUUCAUCGUAUUUUUUGGCUUGGGCAGUAUCAGUCUCAUUACUGUAUUUUAACUCGUCGCUUAACCCAUUUCUUUAUUGCUGGAAAAUUCGUGAAGUGAGACAAGUAGUAAAAGAGACAAUUCGCCAAGUGCUUUGUUGCGUGUGCAGUUUUAUCAAUGUCGACAUAUGAAAGCUCUUAUCUUCACAUAUUUUAGGGAAAUAGACCAUCAACAUUGUCAUCUUCGUUGAUCGCUAGGUUUCCUUUGUGCACAUAGCAUACAUUUAAUAGAAAUGAAUUUUGAUGGAAAAUUUUCUUACGCAUAUACCGAUGAUAAAAUGUCUUCUGUUGUGAGUGAUGUUCAGGCAAAUCGCCAACAAUUUAUUUUAGGUAACUCGGUCCUUUCUAAGAGUUCCGCUUUUCGUUUAAUCUAUCGAAAUUGAGCAAGCUAUGAGAUGUUAGUCACUUUUAGGGGUCGCACGGUUAAUGAUUCGCUUGAAAAAAGAAAGUGGAAACAAGUUGUCGAAACUUGUCUUGCUUUUGCUGUCAUUACUGAUCCUUAUCGUUGAAAUAAAUUAAAACUAUUUUGAU